AUGGAAGUAUCAGAAAGUAGUAAUGAUUGUGGAAAUGAUUUACUUCUACUUGAUCGAGUUUUCUUAAGACUUGGAAAUGCUGACAGCGAUGAACAAUUAGAGAGUUGCCUCAACAGAUUUCUGCCACCCGUUAUUCUUAAGUUAUCUUCGCCAUAUGAGCAGGUUCGUACAAAAGUAAUGGAGUUGUUAGUGCACGUGAAUAAGCGUGUAAAAUGCCGCUCUUAUGUUCAGCUCCCUGUGCAGACUUUGCUGCAGCUCUAUAGUGACCCAUCUGCCAAUAGUUUUAUUAUUAAUUUUACCAUUAUAUAUAUAACAAUGGGGUUUCCAAGAAUGCCUCGAGAUAAACAAAUUGCUUUGGCUCCUUCACUGCUUGAAGCCAUUGAAAAUAAACCACAAGGACAUCAGGAUGGGAUAUUAAUGCUUGUGAUGCCUCUAUUGGGUGAUAUUAAGGAAUCAGAUCUGAACUUGAAGGAAAAACCUAAAGCAUCAGCAUUAAUACUGAAAUUUGCUACUGAUGUACUACUUCUACCUUACAGAGCGCUACCAAAUGCAGGAGAGAGCGACUUUCAAGUACCGCCCGGCAUGAGCAUGAAGACAUACAAAAGGAUUGUGGACAAAAAUCAGUUAAAUCCCAAUCAAUUAGAGGAGAUGAAGUUAUCCAUAGUGAAUUUUAUCAGUAAGGAUAUUUUCAAUAUGAAUGAUAUUCUGUUGACGCUCAUUGUGGCCGCGGCUGACUCAAGAUUCAGUGUUGCCAACCACGCGAACAGUCCUCUGAUCAGAGUUAAUAGUUCCGUGGAUUGGUCCCAGGCGUCUGUCGUGGCGCCUUUAUAUUCCCUGUAUUUAGGAACGUGGGGCGGCUUGAAAGUACCGCCGGAUGAUCGCAAGGUACCUGCUUGCACCAGAUUACGUUUAAAGUUAAUCCAAUACUUAAACAAGGCUACUGGUGCAGCUAUCAUGUUCCCGCAUUGCGUACAGGUUGUGUUUUCAUCAUUGUUUGACCCUAACACAAACUCCCGUCUUCGGAAUAUGGCAUUAAUGUUUUUAAUAAACGUUAUUAAUAACGGAGACGAGGUACAGUUGAAGAAGGUAGCUACGGUGUUCUUACAAGGAUUACUCAAACUAAUCAGAUCUGACGAGUAUGCGGAACAUCAGCCCAAAGCUUACAUGUGCUUAGGGCGUUUGGCAAUGAAGUGCCCAGAGAGUAUAAACAGACAGUUCUCUUUAUUGGAGGAGUUGGUUAAAAAGAUACCUGAGGCUACACCUGAGAUGAAGACUGCCAUUCGUGAUGCCUUACUAGAUAUGUCUGGAGCUUACACCAUGAAGACUGAAGAUAAAGAGGAAACAAAAGAGACUUCGUCAUCAGUUGACGCGAGCACGUCGCAAAAUAUGGAAGUGGACGAAGCGUCGGAGAGCAAAAAAUCGCGACCGAAUCCCUUUGACGAACCCCAGGCUCUGGCACUGUUCGCUUUAUUGGACCACUACAUGCACAGCGAGGACUCGAUGAUACGUUACAUCGCUAUGCGGUAUUCGUCCGUCGUGUUCGCUCAGGACUACGUGCCGUCUCGAUAUCUCUUGCUGCUUGCCAGCGGGGACAGUCAAGACGAUAUAGUGACUGAAGCGCAAAAAUGUCUAUACGGAACGUCACGUCCAAGCGAAAUAGAGGAUGUGGUAAACAACGUGACAAAGAGCGAGACAACCGUCGUGAACUUGGAAGAGGAUGCCCCAAGGAAAGACAAGGACAAAGUGAAUGAAGAGGAAUUAAAAGUUCCCAGUUUCAAAGACGUGGUCAAUUACGUUUGGGAGCAAAUAGACAAGAGAAAGAAAGGUUCAAAUUCGAAACAUAGAUUCGUGAUAGGCAAUCAGGUGCUGCAAUUUCACCCACGAACUUACCAGGAAAUAUUGAGGUAUAUGAGAAUGUGUCUGAACCGCGAUGCAAAUCUGAAAGACUGCUCUAAUCAUCCCAACUGCACCUCGCCUCUACUCGCUAAGUAUUUCCGCGAGAAUUUGCUCAAAACUGAAGUGCUAGAAAGAUACCUAACUAUGAUAACCUCGUUACUCAGUGCUUGUCCAGAAAUGAUGCCUCUUACCUGCUUUUUGGAUAUUGUUGGCUGCGUACCUGAGAUAAUGGCUCCGAAAUAUGUAUCCCUACUGCCAUUCUUUAUGAACCUAUUCACGACUAGUACGAAAGAAGAUAUCAGGGACAUAGCUGCCGUUAUUUAUGCAAUAAUCACCGCAAAUACCAGCAAUAAGUCUGCAAUAGAUAAAGAAAUAAAAGAAUUUGUUGCUCAAAGUCAAGGUAACAAGGGCUUAGAGGCUCAAUGUGGAUAUACCUCUGCCUUCAGUCAUUUGUGUGAACGAUGUAUAGCGUUGUCGAAACGGGGCAAAUUUGGCGGGAAAGGUUUUAAUGCAUCUAAUUGGGAACCAUAUCAAGAAGGAGCGCUAUGUUUGGCUAACUUUCUUGCCAGUCCCCUAACAUUACUUGUUAGUACAUCAUGUAACUCAGUGUCACUGUUGGUGCGAUGCAGCGCAUUGCCUCUACCGAAUACAAACACCGGACAAGAUUCAAUGCUACAAGCGGACAAUCCAUUCAAUAUAAACCAAAAAGAUUAUAAUCCUGAUCAAGUUGUCACAAAAUACACUGUUGCGGAGAGAUUGUUUAGAAUAGUUGGCAACCACACAUUGCCAUCGAAAGUUAAAGAGAGGGCGUUGUUUACAUUGGGAUUGAUGUGUUGUGGUGAAAGGUUGCCAUUCGCGAAACAAAUCGUAAAAGGAUUGUUGCAAAUGGCGAAAGAUAGCAAAGAGUUUGAAAUUCAUCUGCAAAUAGGCGAGUCGCUAGUGCUAUGCGUGGAAGGUGUAAACUCUAACGAGAACCGGGAUCUUUGGACGGAGUUGCCAAAAGAGGGUGAAGCAAAAAUAAGAGAUAGAGAGGCCUUGCAAGAAAAUGAUACAUUGCUUGAAUGGCUACUACAGGAGUUGUUCAAGAUCGGCAAACAUCCUCACCCACAUUCAAGACAGGCAACAAGUAUUUGGUUGCUUGCGCUCCUGAAGAACUGUCCUGAAAGAGAACCAAUCAAAAACAGUUUGCAGGCCUUGCAAAAUAUGUUCAUGGAUUUCCUUUCGGAGAAUAGCGAUAUAGUACAAGACGUAGCCAGCAAGGGUCUUAGUCUUGUAUAUCAGAACUCAGACGAAAGUCGAAAACAAGCACUAGUGGGAGAUAUCAUAGAGCAACUAACCAGCGGAAAGAGAUCCGUCACGCAAGUCACCGAAGAUACAAAGAUAUUCGAAGAAGGGCAGCUGGGAAAGGCGCCAACUGGUGGAAAUUUAUCAACAUACAAAGAGCUGUGUUCCCUGGCAUCGGAUCUAAAUCAACCAGACCUUUUGUACAAGUUCAUGCACCUCGCGCAUCAUAACUCUGUAUGGAACUCUAAAAAAGGCGCGGCGUUCGGGUUCAGUGCGGUGGCGCGCGCGGGCGGCGCGGCGCUGGCGGCGCAGCUGCCGCGCAUCGUGCCGCGCCUCUACCGCUACCGGUUCGACCCCACGCCGCGCAUCCAGCACUCCAUGGCCGCCAUCUGGCACGCCAUCGUGCCCAACACGCAACACACCGUUCAAAAAUACCACAAAGAAAUAUUAGAAGACCUUGUGGCGAACUUAACUUCCAACCAGUGGCGUGUGAGAAUGUCAUGUUGCAAUGCUUUAGCCGAUUUAUUAAGAGGUGCAAAAAGUCUCCACGAUUCAUUAGAGCAGUUGCCGACAAUAUGGGCGCAAUUGUUCCGAGUGAUGGACGACGUUCAUGAAGGGACGCGCCAAGCCGCCACCACUACUGCAAAUGUUCUCUCUAAGUUGUGUAUUCAUGCAGCGGAUGCGGGUCAGGGUAAAGAUGGCAAAGAAGUUGUGUCAGCGAUACUGCCCGUGUUGCUCGACACGGGUAUUACGAACUUGGUCAAAGAAGUUAGAAGCGUCAGCCUGCAGACGGUGUCGAGGCUAGUGAGUGCUGCGGGCGAGCGGCUCGCACCGUUCCUGUCGCGGCUGGUGCCUGCGCUGCUGGGUGCGGCCGGCGAGCUGGAGUCCGCGCGCCUGUCCUACCUGAGCACGGCGCUGGCGGACUCUAGCUCGCGGGACCUGCUCGAUGACAUGCGCGCCAACGCCGCCCGGCACCACUACACCACCGACACCGUCGUUAAGUGUAUGCCGCACAUCAACAUCGAAACCAUGAAGGAAAUGCUUCCAAAGAUCUUUGAGCUCAUAAAAUCUCCCCAACUCGGCACUAAGGUAGCCUGUGCGCACUUCAUUGUGCUGGCGGCGCACUACUUAAGAUCUGAUUUGGAGCCUCUUGCCGGGAAGAUAAUGUCUAAUUUGCUGAACGGAACUUUCGAUAGAAACCCGACGGUUAGGAAAAAUUACGCGGAAGCACUAGGGCAAGUCUCAGCGUUUGCUAAGAGUCAGUCAAUAGAGAAGUUAAUAAAGAAACUUAUAAACCUGUACGAGACGAAGGAGGACGACAUAUCGCGUUCAGCCAUUGCCUUAACAUUGAAAUCCAUUGCCAAAGCAAAAAUUGACCACAUAAAGGACAAUGAGGAAAUACUUGCGCCUGUAGUGUUUCUAGCAAUGCAUGCUCCGAAGGAUGAAGAGAGUCAGACGGUGGAGAUGUUCGAGGAGUUGUGGGCGGAGAUGAGUCCGUCGCGGGAGAGCGGCGUGCGGCGCCACCUGCCCGCGCUGCGUGCGCACGCCGAGCGCGCGCUGGCCGCCAGCAGCUGGGCCAAGAAGAUACAGGCUGCGAAUGCUAUUAAGACGAUAUGUAAGGAGUUGUCCAGCGGCUUGGGCGAUCAACGUGAGCCAUUCAUACGCGCUUUGUUGGCCGCGAUGCACGGAAAGACGUUUGAUGGAAAAGAACAUAUGCUUGACGCCCUAGCCGAGUUGUGCACAGUGAAAGAUGGUGAAACGCCAAUAAAUGUUUCUUUAGCAAACGAGUGCGUGAACGCUCUUCUAGUGGAGAGUCGCAAACAAGAGAUGGUGUACAAGAAGCACGCCAUCAACGCGCUGGGUCGAGCGCUCGCCGAAAUUAACUGCGAUUGCUUCAACCAGGUCUACGAUAUCGUCAAAGUUAUCUUAUCUAAGGAUGAGUUCUCCGUAAGUAAAGACUCCGACGAAGAAGAUAACGAAGGAGCCCGCCACAGAAAGGAACAGUUGACAGCAUUAAAGGAAGCCGCUUACGAGUUGCUCGGAAAGGCGUGGCCCAAAGAACCUCAAACGCAAGAUAAAUACCAAGAGGUGUUUUUCGAGCAUUGUGCGAAAUCAUACGCGUCGUCCACUCGAUCGACGCAGCUCGCGAUAUUGACGUCGAUUGCGCGGGUGUUGGAGAGACUCGCCGUACUGCGCAACGACGGCGAGCCGAUGGAAACCGAUAACGUGUCCACGACGAACAGAGACAAUGCUCUUGCUACGGUUAUACCGCACGUUGUGACUGUCGUCGAAUAUACGCUCAAAAAUAGCAACCAAGUAAGGCACAGGAGAGACGCGCUUAAUGUUAUGGAGAUAUUAAUUAAGCAGUUGAAAGAAUUGAAUAAGACAGAAGAAUUAAACACGCUAAAGAACGUCUUCCAGACAUACGCCCCAGCCUUGGCGAAAGAUUCAUCACACGAAUUAAGAACCAAAGUAGAAAGUAUUAAAGGGUACCUUAAGUAA